AUGAUGUGGCGUCAGAGCGGUCACAGGCAUCGUCUCACCAGGAUGAGCACGAGGAAGAAGGUGCACGCCUUUGUCCGCGUCAGGCCCACCGACGACUUCGCCCAUGACAUGAUCCGGUUCGGCAGCGACAACAAAACCAUCGACAUCCACUUGAAAAAAGACACUCGCAGGGGAGUUGUCAACAACCAGCAGACGGACUGGUCCUUCAAGCUGGACGGCGUGCUCCAUGACGCCUCCCAGGAGCUGGUCUACGAGACGGUGGCCAAGGCCGUGGUGGCCCAGGCCCUGGACGGCUACAACGGCACCAUCAUGUGCUACGGGCAGACGGGAGCCGGCAAGACGUACACCAUGACGGGGACCACGGAAAACUACAGGCACCGAGGCAUCCUGCCCCGGGCGCUGCAGCAGGUGUUCAGGAUGAUCGAGGAGCGCCCCACGCACGCCAUCACCGUGCGCGUGUCCUACCUGGAGAUCUACAACGAGAGCCUGUUCGACCUGCUGUCCACGCUGCCCUGCGCGGGGCCGGCCGCCGCGCCCGUGGCCAUCGCUGAGAACCCGCAGGGCGUCUUCAUCAAGGGCCUGUCGGUGCACCUGACCAGCCAGGAGGAGGACGCCUUCAGCCUGCUCUUCGAGGGGGAGACCAACAGGAUCAUCGCCUCGCACACCAUGAACAAGAACUCGUCCCGGUCGCACUGCAUCUUCACCAUCUACGUGGAGGCCCAUUCACGGACCUUAUCUGAUGAGAAGUACAUCACUUCCAAAAUCAACCUGGUGGAUCUGGCCGGCUCGGAAAGGCUGGGCAAGUCUGGGUCCGAGGGCCGGGUGCUGAAGGAGGCCACCUACAUCAACAAGUCGCUGUCCUUCCUGGAGCAGGCCAUCAUCGCCCUCGGCGACCAGCGGCGGGACCACAUCCCCUUCCGGCAGUGCAAGCUCACCCACGCCCUGAAGGACUCCCUCGGGGGGAACUGCAACCUGGUGCUGGUGGCCAACGUCUACGGGGAGGCGGCCCAGCUGGACGAGACGCUGUCCUCGCUGCGCUUCGCGAGCCGCAUGAAGCUGGUCACCACCGAGCCCGCCGUCAACGAGAAGUACGACGCCGAGCGGAUGGUCAAGAACCUGGAGACGGAGCUGGCACUGCUCAAGCAGGAGCUGGCCAUCCACGACAGCCUGGCCAAUCGCGCCCACGUGAGCUACGACCCCAUGGACGAGGUGCAGGUCGCCGAGAUCCACUCGCAGGUGCGGCGGUACCUGGACGGGACGCUGGAGGAGAUCGACGUCAUCAACCUCCGGCAGAUCCAGGAGGUGUUCAACCAGUUCCGGGUGGUUCUGACCCAACAGGAGCAGGAAGUAGAGUCCUCCCUGCGCAGGAAGUACACCCUCAUAGACAAGAACGACUUUGCAGCCAUUUCUGCCGUCCAGAAGGCAGGGCUUAUGGAUGCUGACGGCCACCUGGUGGGGGAGACGGACGGACAGGGUUUUGGACUUGGCGUUGCCUCUUACUCCUCCAAACCCGGGAAGAAGCCCAAGUCCCGGCGGAUGUGGAAGGAGCAGUUCAGCGCCAGCGCCGCCACGGCCAGGAAGGAGGGGGGCAGCAGCCCAUUGAGCGGCAAGGAUGUGGAGGUCUCGACCUCCAAGACGCAGCUGACCCCGCUCUCCAAGGACGCGGACGUCAAGGACAUGGUUCUGCGGGACCGGGAGACCUCCAACAUCGACACCCUGCCCUCGGACUCCCCCAAGGAGGAGCUCCGCCCGCCCAGGCCCAUCACCCCCCCCUCCAAGGCUGUGGCCUUCGAGGACUUUAAGAACGAGCGAGGCAGCGAGAUCAACCGCAUCUUCAAGGAAAACAAGUCCAUCCUCAACGAGCGCAGGAAGCGGGCCAGCGAGACCACCCAGCGCAUCAACGCCAUCAAGAGGGAGAUGGACGAGACCAGGGAGGCGCUGGACGCCCAGAAGGCCCUGCGGGAGAAGCAAGGCGAGUAUGAGAAGAAGGGGCUGAUCAUCAUCGACGAGGAGGAGUUCCUGCUGAUCCUGAAGCUCAAAGACCUCAAGAAGCAGUACCGGGCCGAGUACCAGGACCUGCGCGACCUGAGGGCUGAGAUCCAGUACUGCCAGCACCUGGUGGACCAGUGUCGCCACCGCCUGCUCACAGAAUUUGAAAUCUGGUACAAUGAGUCCUUCUUCAUCCCGGAGGACAUGCAGGCAGCCCUGACGCUGGGCAGCAGCGUCCGGCCAGGCAUGGUGCCCGUCAGCAGGAUUGUGUCUCUGGGAGAAGACGACCAGGACAAGUUCAGCCAGCUGCAGCAGGACGUGCUGCCCGAGGGCCCCGAGUCCAUCUCCUUCUACAAUGCCAAGGUCAAGAGGGAACAGAAGCACAGCUACUUGAAGUCCACGAUGGGCCUUCCGAGGGCGCAGAGGAGAUAG